AUGAAUUUUAAAGUAAUAUUAUCUGAAGUUCUUCUUUUAUUGUUAAUAAAAUUACGAUUUUGUGAAGCAGUAACAUGUAAUGGUAUGAUUAAAUUCGGUAAUGCAUGCUGUGGUAACGAAGGCUACUAUACAUCAUUACAUACCUGUUGUAAUGGUUUUAUUAAACUCGGUAAUGCAUGUUGUGGUAACGAAGGCUACUAUACAUCAUUACAUACGUGUUGUAAUGGUGUUAUUAAACUCGGUAAUACAUGUUGUGGUAACGAAGGCUACUAUACAUCAUUAUAUACCUGUUGUAGUGGUGUUGUUAAACUCGGUAAUGCAUGCUGUGGUAAUGAAGGCUACUAUAAAUCAUUACAUACAUGUUGUAAUGGUGUUAUUAAACUCGGCAAUGCAUGCUGUGGUAGUCAAGGCUACUAUACAUUAUUAUUUGUCUGUUGUAAUGGUAAUAUUAAACUCGGUAGUCACUGCUGA